UCAAGCUGCUCCCUUGUUCCUGCUCCCAGCACCCUGGGGCCCCUAACACUCCUCGACUCUAGUGCAGUGGGGCACAGAUGGUGACUGUGCGGUGCCUAGGGGUAGCCCUGUCUGUCACAAGUUCUGAGUGAGCACCAUCUUUGUGGAUCCCAAGGCCAUCUCAUGGAGAGCGUAUCCAGCAGAGCCCCGUGAGCUCCUUGAGGGCAAGCCCUAGGACACUUUGUCUCCUGACUUCCUUUCUGGGCUGACAAAUGGUGGUAAUUAGCGUAAGGGCUUCCGUGGUGGCUUAGCAGGUAAAGAAUCCGCCUGUGAUGCAGGAGACCCUGGUUCAAUCCCUGGAUUGGGAGGAUACCUUGGAGAAGGAAAUGACAACCCACUCCAGUAUUCUUGCCUGGGAAAUCCCAUGGGCAGAGAAGCCUGGUGGGCUACAGUCCAUGGGGUCACAAGAGUCAGACACAAUUUAGUGACUAAACCACUACCAAAGAGAAGACCAAGGCUGGGUUAUCACUGGAAGAAGAAGAGCAGCCAGCUGAACCGAGAUGAUUUGAUACCACAGAGGAAGAUACACAGUAGGCGUGGUACUGCCACCUAGGGGGCAUCUUGGAAACUUAUGGGUCAUUUUUUGGUUGACAAAAAUUUGAAGGGAUGGGACUUACUGGCACCUAGUCAGCCUAUAUGGGAAGCUACACAUCCAGAAAGGCUCAAGAAUUCCCUUAUGAAGAAUUCCCGAGGCAACUUUUGAAGGACUGGGUGGAUAUCAUGUAUGACUGUUUAUCUGAGCCUGGAACUACUUAUUUUCUCUAAGCAUGUAAACACAGAAUAGAUUUUGCCCAUUUGGAAAGACUCUGUUUCCCAGGAAUGCAUCUCUGUGUACAUUAAAUCUACGCUUGGUUCAGCACUUUACGAAGAACUUGUUCACUCUUGGAACAUCGGGUCCCGAAGGGCAGCACUGCCGGUACACCUGUCAUCAGGGAAGCACUAGUAUCCGCUGGGAUCGUCGUUGUGUGGCAAUUCCACGUGAGGGGUGGGCACUGGGCUGCUUCAUUGUCUUCCAGUUUAGUUGGACCCAAGCUUUCCCACGGUGAAAUAAGUCAUUAUAAAUUACUUUGAGGACUUCUCUGUUGGUCCCGGGGCUAGGACUCCGUGCUCCUGAUGCAGGGGGCCCGGGUUUCAUCCCUGGUCAGGGAAACUGGAUCCCACAUGCCACAACUUAAGAGUUUGCACGCCACAACUAAAGAUCUUGCAUGCUGCAGCAAGGAUUGAGGAUUCUGCUUCCCCCAGUUAGGAUUGGAGCAGCCAAAUAAAUAUUUUAAAACUAAAUCACUUUGAUUUCUUCUUUAUAUUACAGUGAGGACAUUGUAUACAGACUUGUGAUCACAGUUGUCGUACAUGACGAAGGGAUGUUUCCUCUUUUUUUGGGGGGGAUGUUUCCUCUUGAGGUAGUCUGGGGUCUUGACCCUACAAGGCUUGAGAACUACUGUAAUUGCAAUGGUCCCAAAUGGCAGUGGUGAGGAGGCAGUACCGUCGAUCAAACUUGCCCUGGCUAUGCUGGGGGGGUUUCCUCCCCACCACUCCUAUCCUGGGACAGGAGACCCAGAUGGAGAUUCUUGGGAGGGGGAGGGACUCGAAACUUGGUUCCUUGGUUAAUGGGUGAUGGAAUUUGCACAAGAGCUGGGCAAAGGUGAAAGGGCUGCGUCCUGCCCCAAAUCCCUCAUCUCUUCGCUCUGCUUCAUUGACACUCCCGCCCCCUCCCCGCUCCAGGCAGCUAACUUCACACAAACUCUGACCUCUUUCUCUCUCUCUCCCUACUUAACUCUGGCCCAGGGUGGCCAGGAUGAGACAGAAGGCAGGGAGCAUGAGCCAGUCACCCCCCAACGCCAUACAGCUCCAGUCUGUGGGUUCCCAGGGCACCCUGGCUACCCUGCCACGGCCACCCGAUGUCCAAAAUCCCCCCUCUCACUCUUGGGCCUCUCUGUGUGGGCCUCCUCCUUGGGGCCUCAGCUGUCUUCUGGCUCUGCAGCAUAUCUUGGUGUUGGCUUCUCUACUCUGCGCCUCCCACCUGCUCCUGCUUCAAAGUCUCCCAGCAGGAGGACUCUCUUUCUCCCCUGCCCAGCUCCUGGCUUCCAGCCUCUUUGCAUGUGGCGUGUCUACCUCCCUGCAAACUUGGAUGGGCAGCAGGCUGCCUCUUGUCCAGGCUCCAUCCUUACAGUUUCUUAUCCCCGCCUUGGUGCUGACCAGUCAGAAGUUACCUCUGGCUCUCCGGACACCUGGAAACUCCUCCCUUGUGCUGAGCCUCUGUGGGGGGCCUGGCUGCCAUGGCUUGGAGCUCUGGAACACUUCUAUCCGAGAGGUGUCCGGGGCUGUGGUGGUCUCUGGGCUGCUGCAGGCCACUCUGGGGCUGUUGGGGGGUCCUGGCCACUUGUUCCCCCACUGUGGGCCCCUAGUGCUGGCCCCCAGCCUGGUUGUGGCAGGGCUCUCUGUCUACAGGGAAGUAGCUCUGCUCUGCUCCACUCACUGGGGCCUGGCAUCGCUGCUGAUUGUGCUCAUGGUGGUCUGUUCUCAGCACCUGGGCUCCUGCCUGCUACCCCCACGCCCCUGGAGGCCAGCUUCAACCUCUUCAACCCAUACUCACAUCCUGGCCUUCAGGCUCCUCUCGGUAUGUGGGGGUUUGGGCGGGAGGCAGUUGGAGUUAGGAGGGCUGGCAUGGAUUGCUCACUUGGCCCCUACUUGGUUGUUGCUUACCCCUUUAAGAAGGUUGGAAGGUUCUGGGGGAGGGGUUCUUUUCUGAGCCUUGUCCCUCAGGUGCUGAUCCCAGUGGCCUGUGUGUGGAUUGUUUCUGCCCUUCUGGGUCUCAGCAUCAUCCCCGGGGAGUUGUCUGCCCCCACCAAGGCACCAUGGUUUUGGCUGCCUCAUCCAGCUGAGUGGGACUGGCCCUUGCUGACACCCAGGGCUCUGGCUGCAGGCAUCUCCAUGGCCUUGGCAGCCUCCACCAGCUCCCUGGGCUGCUAUGCCCUCUGUGGCCAGCUGCUGCGUUUGCCUUCUCCACCUCCGCAUGCCUGUAGCCGAGGGCUGAGCCUGGAGGGACUGGGCAGUGUGCUGGCUGGGCUGUUGGGAAGCCCCAUGGGCACUGCAUCCAGCUUCCCCAACGUGGGCACAGUGGGUCUUCUCCAGGCUGGACCUCGGCGAGUGGCCCACUUGGUGGGGCUGUUCUGCGUGGCACUGGGGCUCUCCCCGAGGCUAGCCCAGCUCCUCACCACCAUCCCGCUGCCUGUGCUUGGUGGGGUGCUGGGAGUGACCCAGGCCAUGGUUCUGUCUACUGGAUUCUCCAGCUUCCACUUGGCUGACAUUGACUCUGGGCGGAAUGUCUUCAUUGUCGGCUUCUCCAUCUUCACGGCCCUGUUGCUGCCGAGGUGGUUUCGGGAAGCUCCAGUCCUACUGAGCACAGGCUGGAGCCCUUUGGAUGUGCUACUGCGCUCAUUGCUCACAGAGCCCAUCUUCCUGGCGGGACUCUUGGGCUUCCUCCUAGAGAACACCAUUCCUGGCACACGGCUUGAGCGAGGCCUAGGGCAAGGGCUGCCACCUCCUUUUACUGCCCGAGAGGCUCCAAUGCCUCAGAAGUCUAGGGAGAAGGCAGAUCAAGAGUAUGAGCUUCCUUUCUCCAUCCAAAACCUGUGUCCCUGCACUCCCCAACCCCUCUGUUGCCUCUGCCCGCUGCCCCAAGGCUCUGGGAAUGAGGAAAGAGGGCCCUCUGAGCCUGGAGAGACAGCUGACUUGUUGCCUGACUUUGGGGACCAGUGCCCUCAGCCUAGCAGAGGAGAGUCCCAGUAAUUACUAGGAUUCCUACUCUGGUUAGUUUAGUCCUACCUUCCAGCUUGCUGGAGAACCAGAUGGCAGGCUCCACUUUCUCCUAGGGAGAGGAUGUAUGUGUGUGUCUCACAUGGGCCCCCCAAAAGUCUCACUUCCCAAUAGGUGUGUUUGCCUUUUCUUUUCUUAGUUAGGCCUGUUCCAGAGCAGGGACUGUGAAUGAAUGAGUGAUAUUUUGCCUGUGAACGAUCUAUACUCGAACCCUAGCAUUCACUUAACUGAUAUUUAUUGAGUAUCUCCUAUGUGUAAGGUCCUGGAAAUACAGAUAUGGAUAAGACAGGGUCCCUCCCCUCUCAAAUACUUAUGAUUUAAAAAGACAUGUAAUUACUGGACUUCCCUGGUGGUCCAGUGGUUAAGACUCUGAGCUUUCAAUGCAAGGGGUGUGAAUUCGAUCCCUGGUGGGGGAACUACUAAGAUCCUGUAAGCUUGGUGGUGCAUCAAAAAGAAACAACAACAAUAAAAAACAUGUAAUUACUAACUAAAAUCCACAAUGGAAGUCAGUCUUCAAUAAAGAUUAAAAGAAUGCUAUGG